AUGGCUUAUAGAUCCAAAGCUAUUGUUUCUAAUCACAUUGAUGGGUCCUUUAAUGAACAAUAUAAGAGGAUAUAUGAUUAUGCGCAUGAGUUGUUGGAAAGAAAUCCAGGAUCUACAGUUAAGGUGUAUGUGAGAAUAAUGAGGGCGAGGUCAAUAAUUGGAUUAGAUGGGCCCUUUUUGAAAGGGAAGUAUGGUGGUGAGCUGAUAACGACUGUUGGGAGAGAUGAAAAUGAUCAAAUGUUGCCCAUUGCAUAUGUGGUGGUAGAAGUGGAAAACAAAGAUUCAUGGACGUGGUUUUUGAAUCUUUUGAUUGAUGAUCUUGGUGGUAAAGAAAUAUGUUCAUCAAUUACUUUUGUGUCAAACCAACAAAAGAUAUUUUGCAUUUUGUUGGAUAUAGCAGUAGUUAUUAGUUGUAGAUAUUGGUCAAGGUCCAGAUUCAGUCCAACACCAAAAUGUGAUACAUUGGUUAACAAUAUGAGUGAGGCUUUCAAUAGUGUCCUGGUUCACACCAUGACUAAACCAAUCAUAACAAUGCUGGAAAAAAUUAGGGUCUACAUCAUGCAAAGAUGGGCAAAAAGCAGGUAUAAGAUACAGUCAUUUUCAGGACCAAUUUGUCCAAAGAUCCAGACUAGAUUUACAAAGGAAUCCCAAUCAACCAAGAACUGGAUCCCUAGCUGGUCAACAAAUAAACUAUUUGAAGUGAGACACGUCUCCCAAAGUGGAGAAAAAUUUGUUGUAAACAUAGACGAGUUCUCAUGCUCGUGCAGGAGAUGGAGCAUCACAGGAAUUCCAUGUUGUCACUCCCUAGCCGCAAUGAAGUUUUUCAAUAUUGAUGGACAACAGUUCAUUCCGACUUGCUUUCUAAAGUCCACCUACAAAGAAACAUAUGCAUCAAUCGUAUACCCCAUCAACGACAACAACAUGUGGGACCUAACACCAUAUCCGGAUGUCAUGCCUCCUAGGAAAAAAGUUAUGCCCGGAAGACCUAAAAGGAAAAGAAGAUUGGAGCAGUGGGAGAUCAGAAAGGAUGAUUCUCGAGUGAGCAAGGGUGGUUUGUGCAAGAGAUGUGGACUAUGUAGGGAGGUUGGGCACAACAGGAGUCGUUGCCCCAAAGCAACCCAAGAACCAAUCAUGCCAUCAUCACAGUUAUCUGAAGUGUGUAUGAAUGACCAGGAAGCUCAACUAUAG